AUGGGUAGUAGUUCACUGUCCGAGGACUACCGCCUGUGCCUGGAGCGGGAACUGCGGCGCGGCCGCGCGGGCGUGUGCGGAGAUCCGUCGCUGCGGGCCGUGCUCUGGCACAUCCUCGUGGAAGACUUCGACCUGCACGGGGCGCUGCAGGAUGACGCGCUGGCACUGCUCACCGACGGCCUGUGGGGGCGCGCCGACCUGGCCCCCGCGCUGCGCGGCCUGGCCCGUGCCUUCGAGCUGCUGGAGUUGGCCGCCGUGCACCUGUACCUGCUGCCGUGGAGAAAGGAGUUCACCACCAUCAAGACGUUCUCUGGGGGCUACGUGCACGUGCUAAAGGGCGCACUCUCGGAGGACCUCCUCAUCCAGAGCUUCCAGAAGAUGGGCUACGUGCGCAGGGAUGCCCACCGCCUCAUGGUGGCUGCCCUGCCUCCUGCCCGCCAGCUGGUGCAAGUGGCCCUGGGCUGCUUCGCGCUGCGGCUGGAGUGCGAGAUCCUGGGUGAGGUGCUGGCGCAGCUGGGCACCAGCGUGCUGCCAGCCGAGGAGCUGCUGCAGGCGCGGCGGGCCAGCGUGGACGUGGCCUCCUGUGUGGCCUGGCUGCAGCAGCGACUGACCCGAGAGGAAGAACAGCCACCCCUGCCCCGCCGUGGCUCCCCCACUGGGUGCCAGGCCCGGCUGGACCUGUACCGGGACGUGCAGGAGGACGACGGCUCAGAUGAGGCCAGCCUGUACGGGGGGCCCUCGUCUGGCCCCGACUCACCUGCAUCAGAACUGGCCUGCCGGCCUCGGUUCUGGGAGCAGAGUGCCAGACUGUGGGGGGCGGGGGGCGGGCCAUGGGAGCCAGCUGAGGCCAGCAGCCCCACCUCCGGGGCCUCAGAAGAGGAGGAGCCCCAGCCCGAAGCCUUCUCCUUCCUCUCACUGCGUAGAGAGCUGCUUAGUCGGCCUGGGGACCUGGCCCCUCCCCAUGCCCCUAGGAGCCCUGAGCAGGCCAGCCCCCCACCCAUCCCCGAGCCUCCCGGCUACCAGAUGCACACUUGCCUGGCCCCAGGAGCCCUGCCCGCCCUCUGCUGCGACACGUGUCGCCAGCUGCAUGCCGCCCACUGUGCCACCCUUCCCAGCUGUCACCCCAGCCACAGCCUGCGCACCCUGCGUGGGAACAGCCAGCGGCGUCUGUGGCUGCAGCGAGCCCAGGUGGACGCCCUGCUCUACGACAGCCCAGCGGCUGGGCCCUAG